AUGAGUUCGCCCGCCACCCAUCUCCCUCCCCCUCUGCCUGACGAUGCUAUCAACGCUCUCUUGCAGGCCUUGCGUCUGCCUCAGGUCACCUCGAUCAGCAACCCUCGAACGACUGCUCAAUAUCAUUCAGUCUACUUUCUCACUCUGCCACCUACCGAGAUUUCGCGCGGCUACUGCGAGCUCGUUCUUCGCGUCGCGGGCAACCAUCUCCCCGAGAUCAAAACUUCGAAUGAGAUAGGCGUCAUGACUUGGCUCUCCAAGAACACCACGAUACCUUUACCAGAGGUCAUAGCCCAUGAUGCUUCCAAUAAAAACCCCAUCGCUCACGAGUAUUCUUUGCUCUCUCGUGUUCAGGGCGCCACACUCAGUGAUAUCUACGACAGCCUGAGCGACAAGCAAAUGAACCAGAUUUUCGACCAGCUGAUCGACUUCCUCACCCAACUCCAGGCGCAUCCGUGGCAAGGUAUCGGGGGAUUGAUCCUCGAUGAUCAAGGCCAAGUUCAGCUCGGCCCAGUAGUGGACGAGACAUUCUGGCAGAUCCCAGAUAUCGAAGCGCUUUGGCCUGAAGGAGAGACUGUGGCGACCAUGAACAUCGGAGGGCCGUACAAGACAUACGUCGAAUACAUGAUAGCACACGCCACAAAGUACAUACGACUCAUCCAAGCCCACGAGAAGCUGGAAUUCAUGCGAGAUAUCAUUCCACGCCUCGAGGAUUUCGUAACCGCACUCCCAGAACGCGCCAACGAGCUCAACAACGUCAAGCUACACCUGGCCCAUAAAGACCUCCACUUCGCCAACAUGAUGUACGACCCCUCGACUGGCAAUAUCACUGGCGUCCUUGACUGGGAGUUCGCCGGCGUCGUCCCAAGUCCUCAAUGGAACCCUCGACGCUCGUUCCUCUGGAAUGGAAUUGACACACCCGAAUCCCUAGCGGAAAAGUACAAGUGGAUGGAAGUCUUCGAGAAGCGUUGCAAGGAGAAAGCCUGA